CGACCACACAAGCUUGGAGACAGAACAAGUGACUCUUGUGAGCCUCUUCCAUCAUGCAUCCUCCCGCGUCGCAACUGCAGAGCGAAAGGUCCUCUUACACUGCUUCGAAAUGGACCACUCCCAUCCCGCAAUGUUCUCUCCCUCGAUUCGUGUUUGGCUUCCCGCGACGCCCUCUCAGUGACCGAAAGGUCCUCAUCGAUGCCGACCACCCGGAUACUCGAUCCCUAUCCCUGGCAGAAUACCGCUUACUAUCUGCUCGAGUCGCGGUAGGCCUGCAGAAGUUGGGGGUCAACCCCAAGGAUCGCAUUCUAUGUGUGACCAGCAACGCCCUCUGCUACCCCGCCCUCCUCAUGGGAACCGUGAUGGCUGGGUGCAUCUUUGCAUCCGGACAGCCCGCCCUCAAUCAGCCCGAAUUCCAUCGUCUGAUCACCUUCGCUCAACCCUCGGUCAUCUUCGCCAGUCGAGCCACCCUUCCCGUAGCCCUCCAAGCUGCGCGCCAGGCCGAUCACCCUGAAAGCCGAAUCUUCGUGUUUGAGGACGAUUUUCUGGACGGCUGUACGCAACCUGAAGGACGAAUCCAACAUUGGCAGACUAUGGUGGCGUCUGAAUUGGAGGGCGCCCGGUUCUGGUAUCCCAAUGUCGUCUCCGCACAGGAUUACAACAGCACAAUCCUCAUGCUUUUCACUUCGGGUACGACGGGUGACCCCAAGGGAGUUGAGCUGUCGCAUCGCAAUUACGUUGCUGCGGCGUUGGGGUACACACGGCGUAUCUGCUCGCAUCCGGCUUGGAAAUACAAUCCCCGACUCGGGGGUCCGGAAGAUGUCCGCGUGCUGGGCUCUUUAGCGAUCAACCACAGCGUCGGCCAGCGAUCAUAUUGUGUCAUCUUCCCCAGAUUAGGCGUCCCCCUGUACCUGAUGCGACGCAAUGAUUUCCGAAAUAUCUGCGAGGCGGUGCAGCAGUUUCAGAUUACGGAUGCCAUCAUUCGCAGCUCCGUCCUCACGGCCAUGGCAAAAAAUGCGCCCAUCUGUCGAGAAUAUGAUCUGUCCUGCCUCCGGCGUGUCGAAGGUUGUGCUGCACCGAUGAGCCAGUUUACGAAAUUCAAGCUGGAAAGUCUGGGGAUUGGAUACGUGGCUCGUGCCUGGGGGCUCACAGAAACGGGCACUAUCACUGGUCCGGACCCGCUGCGACCUCCCAAGUCAGAGACUGUUGGCCAACUGAACGCCACAUACGAAGGCAAAGUGACCGAUUCCAGCGACCACUCUCGGAUUUUGAAGACCGGCGAGGUUGGUGACAUCUGGAUCCGCACGCCAGGAUCGAGUCGUGGAUACUGGAACAAUGCAGCCGCGACGGAACAGUUGAUCGGGCCCGGAGGUUGGGUCUCCACGGGUGAUGUAGGCUACGUCGAUGAUGAAGGCAAUUGGUAUAUCGUCGACCGCAAAAAGGAUUUGAUCAAGGUCUGUGGAAGCCACGUCUCUCCCGUCGAGAUUGAGUCAGUGCUGCUUCAGCAUCCGCACGUAAGCGAUGUUGGAGUCAUCGGUGUCGCAGUGAAUGAGGAUGAGGGUCCCAGGGCCUACAUUCAGACCUUCCCGAAGACCUCGGUAUCAGCAGAGGAGAUCCACCAGCUCAUCUCCGAGAAGCUGCCCCCGUACAAACGCCUCUCAGGUGGCAUCUCGUUUAUUGAGAAGAUUCCUCGGAACGCGUCCGGCAAGGUCCUGCGCAGUGAGCUUCGCCAGCUGGCUAUCUCAGAACUGGGAGACUAUCUGGGCAACUACCACGGCACAUCGACGUCCGGUGGAGGAGUGCACCUCUAAUCGUCGAUCAUUUUCUAAAAGCAUCUCGGUCUUUCUAGUACUUUUCGACAUCGUUAGCCUUGUUCCUUUCUCUAAUUCGGGGAGUUGACAACCGUAAGGCAAGUAAAACAACCUAAUAUACGGGACAGCUUCACUUUCUUUCUUUGGCAUGUACAUGUCGGCUUCUCGAGCUUUGCCGGGUGUGGAGAAGGGUCUACUUGAGAGACCAUUCCUACGGGGGUACUGAGCUAUUAGCAUAAUAUAUCUAUGGGAUCUCAUCUUCUGCCAUCGACCCUGUGCUCCUCUAGUCGUAACUCUCCGUAUGCGCCCAUCAUAUUCUUUUUGGAGGCAAUGUCCCGUGAUGUAGCGUCAGCGUAUUUCCAGAAAGACAGGGAGCGAAUCGAUUG